UUACAAUGCUGCAUACUUUAUUCCAUAUAUUUCUCUAUAGCUGCCAAAGUCUGUCGAAGUCAAGUUUCCUUCUCUCAGUCAUGAGGUUCAAUAUGGUUUUACUGGGUCUCAUGGUGAUGAGUUGUUCUCUUGCUUUGGCCUCAGACCCUAGUCCUCUCCAGGACUUUUGUGUGGCUGAACCAAACACCCCAGUACUGGUGAAUGGUUUGGCAUGCAAAGAUGCUAAGCUUGUACAAGCAGAUGAUUUCUUGUUUAGAGGAAUCCAUCUCAUGGGAAAUACAUCGACUGAUGUUGGGUCUAAAGUGACUCCGGUGUCUGUAGCAGAGUUACCAGGACUUAACACUUUGGGCAACAUUCAAGUAGGGUUUGUCACAUCUAACCCAGAAAACCGUCUCAUCACAAAAGUAAUUGGAAAAGGCGAUAUUUUUGUUUUCCCAAUUGGUCUAAUUCACUUCCAAAGAAACGUAGGAAAUGGCUACGCGGUUGCUCUUGCAAGUUUGAGUAGCCAAAACCCAGGUGUGAUAACCAUUGGAAAUGCCGUGUUCGGAUCAAACCCUGAUGUCGAUGGAGAUCUUCUUGCAAAGGCUUUUCACGUGGACAAGAAUGUCAUAUUUCAGAUACAAUCAAAAUUCUAG